UUCAAGGUACUUCAGAGUCUUCAUCACCUAAUUAAGCUUUCUCCAUUCCUUACCGUUUAAUCUAUUCCACAAAUGGGCGUCCAAUUAGCCGGAAUUGCUCAAGCUAAAGAAAAGCUUCGCCAGACUAUCUCACCAAAAAAGGGAAGCAUUUCGAAAACUAAUGACGUUCCUAAAGGCCAUUUUGCAGUUUAUGUUGGGGAAACAUACAGGCGAUUUGUGAUACCAAUUUCUUACUUGAACCACCCUUUGUUCCAAGACUUGUUGCACUGGGCUGAGGAAGAGUUUGGGUACAGCCAUCCCAUGGGAGGUCUCACCAUUCCAUGCUCUGAAGAUUAUUUCAUCAAUCUCACUUCUGUGUUGAAUUCUUUAAUGUGCCCCUUGCAUGGAGGCUAGCUUUAACCUAUCCGUUGGUACAUUACAUGUUCAUUAGUGUUAGGAUUUCAUUGAUUUGUACGUCUUUUGAGCUAAUUUUAACAAUAGAGACCUCUAAUUGAGUCUCUUCAAUUUUGUAUACAGAUUGGGAAUGCAACCGAUUGUGUCAUCCACAUUGUACAAUACAAGUGUUGCAUAUUGCUAAAAUUUCUGCUUUAAGACCCUCCAAUUUUUUGAGCUGAA